AUGGAUGUCAAAUACAUUGGUGGAGAUGAACCGUGGACGCUUCCGUUUGGUGAUCAUUACAAUGCACCGAUCGAGACAUUCAAAUCAAGCUCUACAUCACCUAGUGAAUUAGAAAGUAUUGCACGUCGACAUGGUUUUGAACCAUUGUAUUCAGCGAAUGAAAAGCAAUCGCAACCAAGAUUUCCGUUUGCAAAUGAUAAUCUUCAAUGGAUGAAUACAGGAAUUUUAUUUACUGACAAAACCAUCGAAUCAGAUAUGACUGGAAUUCACCACACAGAUUUCUCUGAUAAUCAUGGACAUACAUUUUGUUACUUAUGUUCAAUCAAUGCACAUCAACAUGAACGAAGCAAACCUCGAGCUGAAUCACAAAGACGGAAACUAAUUCCGUACGAUAAUCCGAAAGCGCUCAAAGCUCGAUCAGCAUCCUUCAAUCGGCCGGCAUCGAGUUUAUCCACGACGAACUCAACCCCGUAUCGAUUUAUUGUUCGAACUGCGAAAGACAAAGAUAGCGGGACACGAGCACAGGUUUUUUUGUAUAUGUAUGGAACCGAUCAAGAUUGGACUUCAAUUAAUCUACGCGCAGGCACAAAUCAAACGGUCGAUGGUUUUCCCGCUGGUUCAGUGCGAACAUUCUGUUUAAAAGGACCGGACAUUGGCGAAUUACGUCGUCUCAAUGUUAAUCUUGUGGGUGCUCGUUCCAGUAAGGAAUGGUUUCUAAAGGAGAUUGAAAUAACGAAUUUAAAUACUUCGAAAACAUGGCUAUGUGAAUUCAAUUGUUGGCUACCUAAAACAAACGAUCAAGAGCCACAUAGCCACGUAAAACCCUCUAGCGAGCUAAAUUUGAAGAAUUUAUGCGUUUACGUUUUACAAGUUCGUACUGGUGGAAAACAAUUCGCUGGAACGGAUUCAUUAAUUCAAGUGAUGAUCAAAGGAACAGAUAGCCAAACACGUCAAUUAUCAUUGACAAGUGAUGCAUCGAAUCUGUUUGAACAAAAUCAAUUAGAUACAUUUGCGAUAGUUGGAUGGGAUCUGGGUGAUUUACUAGAAUUAACGGUUACAUCUGAUCGAACACACAUGGCUUCGGAUUGGGAUCUGAAAGAGAUGAAUAUUUGGAAGAUCUUGCCAGAUAAUGAAUCUAAACAAGUUUUAGUUUAUUUUCCAUUUAAUCAAUGGAUCGGAAAGAAAAAAAGCACAUUGACAGCGAAACGAGAAACUUAUCGUUCUGUUGAUCAUCAUCCCAGAGGACCGACCUGUUAUCAUAUUGCUAUCAAAACUGGAGAUGUUCGCGGUGCUGGUACUGAUGCGAAUGUGUACAUCAUUAUUUAUGGAGAAAGUGGUCGUAGUACAACUCAUCUCUUAGAUAACAUCGGCAAAAAUGAUUUCGAACGAAAUACCACAUCAGAAUUUACAGUCAUGGAUAUUGACGUCGGAAAUAUAAAUGCCAUCAAAAUUUGGCACGACAACAGUAAACCAGGCGCCGCUUGGUUUCUUGACACGGUCAUUGUUCGUAAAAAGCAUUCCGUUUGUCGUUCGAUUACCAACAUUUUCAUCCAACGUGUGACACAAAUUAGUAAAGCUCUAUACAAUCAAGCCUGCGAGCAACUAAAAAGGAGUCAUAAAAUUCAAUUCUCUUCCUCGAAAGAUAAAGAUCAUUAUUCACUGGAUGGAAGUCUUUCACGUAAAUCUACGCUAGCAAAGAAAGUCACCUGGGAUGAAGAAAGUAUUGGUUCUCAAGACGAACGGCACUCUAAUGACUUGCUUCGAUCGAAGAGUAAACAAGCAAUCAUUGAUCAGAAACGUCAAAAAAGCCCAGUACCACAACAAGCCGAAGCAGGUCAUUUUGACCAUAAAGCGACUUGGAUAUCUUCGCAUAAUUAUCGUGAUAAUAAAUGGCGAAUAAAAUCCAUUGAAGAAGCAAAUCCUUUGAAAUUAGACAAAUCCACACAAUCAUUACUCUUAUCCGAUCGUCUAACAAGUGACAACAAAAUAAAGACGACAGUUAACAGCCGAGAUGAUGAUAUCUAUGAAUUUCAAGCGAAUUGCUGGUUAGCUAAAGACAAAUCUGAUGGUCAACUCGAAGUAACAUUAAAACCAAAAGCAUCACAAUUAUCAAGCCAUUCGAGUAAUGAAACGAAAUUCAAAUCAUCCUUUGAUACGCACCAUGAUGAUCGGCAUACGAAACGCUCUUCACCAUCAGAGCGAGACAUACCACUGCGAUCACCACGAAGCAUAACACCGUCAGAUCGUUAUCCACGAGAAACAGGUAAACCACCCGUAUCUGAAGCACGCGAAUCCCAUCGGACAUCAGACCUUUUGAGUCAACUUAAAGAAUCAUCUCUUGACAAAAACCGACGACCGGCAUCCCCCAGUCAAUCUCCUAAACAUCCUCGUGAUCAUAGUGAACGUAUCGUACCAUCAGCUAGUGAGCGUGACUUAUUAGCAAAACUAACAGAUUCCUCACCACGCCAUCCUCCAUCAGCAGUCAAAUCUUUAAUCGACACCUACUCAUCAGAUUUAUACAAACAGUCUGGUAGAUCACCUCGAUCUAAUCUUGACAGAAGUAGUCCCUUAACGAGCGGACGUGAUGUGCCACCUCGGACACCACUUGGUCCCUCGUUUGGAUCAAAGUCAGGUGUACGAUCGCUGAUUGAAACUUCCACUCACCGACCCAAUUCAAAUUCAAUAUACGGUUCUGCAUAUGGCACAAUGCCAACGGAUAAAUUCUAA